AAAGGUAUACUAACUUGAGCAUGAAAAUAUUAGGCAGUUUCAUGUUAAUCAAAUCAAGCUGAUUUAAGCUGUUGUUGAUCUACAGAACUCAUUGAAAGUCAACCAUCACAGAUGCAACAGCAUCUGUGUAUAUCUUGUUAAAUUCUCUUGGCUAAAUCAAUAAAGAGCAGUGAAUCUCAGAUAAGACAGCACAACUUCUUAUCCCAGUCUAUACACAUAAAUCUUAACCUAUUUUUAAUGGACCUGACUGGACAUAACAACCAUCUACAAUGUAAGAAACAGCAAAUACAGCUGGAUGUUUUAAUUCCCUGUUUCCUGCUUUUCUUCUACAAAAUAGGUGUUCAAAUUGAGCACAUUCAGAAGAAUUUGAAUUUAACGUGAAAUAAAGUUUGUAUUCCCCUGUACAAAGUGAUUUAUUUUAUGUUAUAUAUUAAUAUGAUAUGUUGUACAGUUUCCUUUGCAAAAAUUAUCUGGUAGAAAUGUCCUUCAACAAUGUGCUUUUUACUUUUACUCUUUUACAACCUGCACUUUUUCAUUGCAAAUAAGUUAAAUCUUCUACUUCAGCUUUUACCAGAGUUUGUUGUCUCUUUAAGUCAAAAUGUUUGUACGUUUGCCACUGCAAAAGUCACCAGAUGCAGAUGAAGUGCUGAUGACUCCAUCUCAAAACCUUCAAAUGAAAGAUUUUGAGUGCAGCAGGCUUUCCUUUUACUUUUGUUCUGCACCUUUUCCCUGGAUGUGUUGUUGGGCCCAGGCAACAAAAUAACGGUUAUGUCUAUACACUAAUGCUACUCGGUAAAUAAAAGUGAAACUUUUCUUGAUGUUGAAGGAUUACAGUAGAGCAAUACAAUACUGUGCACUGAGAAAUGAUGCUAAAAACGUAUACAGCAGACUAUAUUGUGCCAGGGAUGGAUCCUGGCCACGUCACUGUGCUAACCAUCUGAGGUCUAAACCAUAAUAAGUCCCAACCCUAACCCUAAACAAUAUUUUUGUGAAGGCAAAACUAACUUUUUGGAGAUAUUUUUCUUUUCUUUUAGAUAGUGUGAUCGUUUAAUAUGUUCCUUAAUUACCAGAGACUUGGAGAACAAUUGAAUAAAAGCAAAAAGGGACAUAUUCUGAUUCACUAGGGGGACAGUGCUGUCAAAGAUGAUAACAUAAACCUCGGGGCUAAGACUCGGGAGUGAGAACAGGUUGCACUGUACAUUAAAAUCCAUAUAUUCAAAUAUUUGGUAGUGGGCUGGAAGAUUGCGCCUGCUACUGGCAUAGUUCUUAAUAACAGAGAAUAUUGUCUCCUAACCCUCUUAAGACUUCUGCGUCACCAACAACCUCAAACCUGGCUCCAAACCCUAACCUUGACCCUUUUCUAGAAAAAUGUAAAUAGUUUUUGAAAUGUUUCAGUUAUAUAUUCUGAUAACACAGGGUUGGCGUAAUCACACAUGACAACUUCCCUUACAUUAUCCCUUACAUUAUAUAUCCCUGUAUGAACAAGCACAAUAUUUUAUUUGGUGCAUUCAUACAUAUUUUUACAUUUUCUUGACUGGACUAGGCCGCCGUCUGACCUGCACUGUGUACAGACGCAAGUUCUCUUAGUACCUACGAAAAUUUCUCUGAGAUAGCCAUACUGUUAUGAGCGAAGGCUCAGAGUACUGGUUGUAUUUCACCCCAUCACACACAUCUCUUAGCUUUUUGCAGUAAUGAGCAAAAGCACAUAUACAUAUAUGCUAUAUGUGGAAAUCUUAAACAGUAAAGAAAUGGUGGCGACCCUAUGAUACCAGUCUGUGCAACACACAGACCACAGGAAGAGAGGAGGAUCAAAAAAACAAGACCAACAAAGUGAAAACUAACUGUUAGGGCAGGAUUCAGCUGUGUAACCUACUGAGAGAGAGAGUAUAUUGAUCAGCUGCUUUCCUGCUGCUUUCUGCCUCAUUAUCAGACAACACAGAUAACUUUAUUUGGUCAAGCUGCACAUGAAGAUCAAUCAGAGCUGUACAACAUACCCUGCAGCCUGUGCCAUGUAGAUGGAGGAUUAACACUUGGUUACUUGUAUUGAUGCUGUCCUCUUUUUUUUUUCUUUUUUUUAACAUCAAUCAUUCUUUUUGCCUGGAUGGAGAGUCAACUACUCAGCAUCAUGAACAAGAUGAAGAACUUUAAGAGACGUUUCUCUUUGUCGGUUCCUCGGACUGAGACGAUUGAAGAAAAUGAGUUCACUGAGCAGAUCAACCAGCUCAACAUACGGCACACUCAGGGCCUGACUCCAGACAGACUGGGUCCUCCAUCUCAUGAUGCCAGCCCAGUGAGCCCUGAACCAACUACUCCAGGAGCACAGUCUCCAUCCCACCUACACUACCACAGCAAGGCCCAGCACAGACGCUUCUCCAUGGAGGUAAGUAAAAACUCAAAUUGCAACUUAAGAAAAUAGUAGCUAAAUCUAAUU